AUGGAUUUGUCUCAACGACUAAUCAUUAAAUCACAUAGCACCAUUAUCCUCCUUUUGUGUUUGGUGCAUUCACCCACCUUUGCCUUGAAAAAGCCUUAUAUCGUGUACUUAGGAUCUCAUGCACAUGGUCCAGAACCGACCGCAGCAGAUUUUGAAAGUGUCACAGAUUCUCAUUACGAUUUACUCGGAUCGUACUUGGGAAGCAAUGAGAAGGCUCAGGAGGCUAUUUUCUAUUCAUACACUCAUCACAUCAAUGGUUUCGCUGCGAUUCUCGAAGACGAUGAAGCGGCAGAAAUUGCCAAGCACGCUAAUGUCUUAUCUGUGUUUCUGAGCAAAAGAAGGGAAUUGCACACAACGAGGUCAUGGCAUUUCUUGGGGCUAGAAAGAAAUGGAGUGAUUCAUAAGAGUUCCAUCUUGAGGAAGGCUAGGUUUGGUGAAGAUACAAUUAUCGGCAGCCUCGACACAGGUGUUUGGCCAGAAUCGAAGAGCUUUAGCGAUGAAGGGAUGGGUCCUAUUCCGAGAAAGUGGCGGGGAAUCUGUCAGCGGGGCAUAAAAGAUGGAUUUUCUUGCAACAGGAAGCUGAUUGGAGCGAGGUACUUCAACAAAGGCUAUGCUGCAAGGGGCGGACACCUCGACUACACAUUCUUCACGGCACGGGAUCAUGAGGGUCACGGGUCCCACACUCUGUCGACAGCGGGAGGAAGCUUUGUCCCAGGAGCGAGUUUUUUUGGGUAUGGCAAUGGAACAGCUAAGGGAGGAUCUCCAAAGGCCCGUGUGGCAGCGUACAAAGUGUGCUGGCCUGAAAAUGAGUGCUUUGACGCGGACAUCUUGGCAGGCUUUGAUGCUGCGAUAAGCGAUGGCGUUGAUGUUCUUUCGGUGUCUUUAGGCGGGAAUCCAGAAGAGUAUUUCAUGGAUUCGAUUGCCGUUGGAUCCUUCCACGCAGCUAGGAACGGGAUUGUGGUGGUUUCUUCUGCCGGUAACCGUGGUCCCCCACUGGGGACCGUGGGCAAUGUUGCUCCAUGGAUGAUCACCGUUGCUGCAAGCACGAUUGACCGGGAAUUCACGACGUACGUUGCUCUUGGAGACAAGCAGCGCCUAAAGGGAUCGAGCCUUUCGGCCAAUAGGUUGCCAUCCAAUAAAUUUUAUCCACUAAUCAGCGGCGCAGAUGCGAAGAUUACAAAUGUGUCGGCAGCAGAAGCUUUGCGCUGCUUGGCUGGAACCCUUGACCACAAGAAGGUGAAGGGGAAGAUCUUGACGUGCCUUAGCGGUGCAUACGAGGCAGUCAACAAGGGUCACCAAGCUGCACUUGCAGGUGCUGUUGGGAUGGUUUUGGCUAAUGAUGAAGCGAAUGGGAAGGACAUUUUUGUUGCUGAAGCUCACGUUCUUCCCACUGCUCACAUCUCUUUCCUGGAUGGGAAAGUUCUCUUUACUUACAUCAACUCCACGAAGUUUCCUGUGGCUCAUAUUACUCGUGCGAAGACAAUGUUAAACACAACACCUGCUCCAAUUAUGACAUCCUUCUCAUCCAGGGGACCGAACACUGUCGAGCCAGCAAUCCUGAAGCCCGACAUUGCUGCACCUGGAGUGAACAUCAUUGCUGCUUAUUCGCUGGUGGUUGGUCCAACAGGUCAAGAAUUUGACAAGCGUAGAACGCCUUUCAAAGCAGACACAGGCACCUCCAUGGCCUGUCCUCAUGUGUCUGGCAUCGCUGGUCUCCUCAAAACCCUCUAUCCCAGUUGGAGUCCUGCCGCAAUACAAUCAGCAAUCAUGACCACCGCAAGCACACGAGACAACAAGGUAGAGCCGGUGCUCAAUUCUUCAUUUGUCAAGGCAACUCCUUUUUCAUAUGGUGCUGGACACAUCCGGCCAAACCGUGCUAUGGACCCUGGUCUUGUGUAUGAUUUGACGGUCCAUGACUACUUGGACUUCAUAUGCGCCCGAGGCUACGAUGAAUCACAACUGAGAUUAUUCACCAAUGAGAUUCACACAUGCCCUAAACAUUUUAAUGUGGCGGAUAUGAACUACCCUUCUAUCACUGUCCCGAAUCUCAAUGGCACGGUGGUGGUCACAAGAAGGGUGAGGAAUGUGGGCACUCCUGGCACGUAUUAUGUGCGCAUUAAGGCACCAGCGGGAGUGCUGGUCUCCGUCCAACCACAGAGCCUGGUGUUUGAAAGGUUUGAUGAAGAGAAGGAAUUCAAGGUGGUGUUGAAACCUAAGGUUGCUGGCAAGCCCGUUGAUUACGUGUUUGGACGGUUGAUCUGGUCUGAUGGGGUGCACUAUGUGAGGAGUCCUCUGGUUGUGAAGCACCGGUGAACAUGACAACUGCGAGGAAGAUUGGGGCCUGACAAACUAAAUAGGCUCCGACGGUAGCUGGCUCUAGCCUUCAAUUUUCUCUUUGGGGGAGAGAAAUUUCUCAGGGACAAUGAUUUUUUUUCCUUUCUACAAGAGGAAAAAAACUAUUUCGUUUAUUUGGGGGAGAAAAAUGAAAUCUGUUUCAUGUAUUGACAAGUUUACUUGCUAAUAAAAAGUGAUUAUAGAUCCAGAUCAAAGAAA